AUGAAGGUCCAAACGCGGCAUGUACUCGCACUUACCGUGCUGCCUGGAUGUCAGGCCAUGAGCUCAUUUCCUUGGCGCUUUGGCAACGCACCCGCAAAAGGGGCCACGGAUAUUACUUUUCCGAUCAAAGUAGUCGAAGCAGACCACAACGUGCAGUGGUACUUUGCCCAGCAGUUCAGAUUCUUGAACAAGGGCAUGGGAUACUGCGGGCUACAGCCUCAGGACGACGCGAAGGGAAAAUCCAGGAUUCGGGGCGUCUUCUCGUCCUUCACAGGGGGGACAACGAGCAACGACACCAACUGUGGUGACGGUGCUGACGGCGGACCUGGUGUUAGCUGCGGCGUCAUCUUUGACCACGACUACUCCCACAAGGUGAAUAUGGUGGUCGAGAACGGCGGCGGCGACAAGUGGAUUGGAAAGGCCGUCGAUGCCACUACGGGACAAGAGACGCACAUAGGGUCGUGGACUUUGCCGUCGGGGAGCGGCAACAUCAACUUGGGCGGAGAUUCUGGCUUCGUCGAGAGGUUUCUUCACAACGACCAGCCGUGCAGUCAAAUUCCCCGCAUUGUCGUCAACUUUUACGACCCGACGUCCAAGACCUGCGGAGCUGGAAAUUCCUCCAUUGGUACCCCAAAAGAGUACGACUUCUGCAAGGGACAAAAGAACUGGACCGAGACUCAGUUUGCUGGUGGAAGGACGAUCGGUAUGGGCUUCAAACAGGCUGCCGUCGUUGAAGAACAAACCAGCGGCUCGGGGCACGCCCAAGACAAGGAUUCAUCUUGUUGA